GGUAUUUUAGUUCUUUCUCGACUUUGAGGUAAAAGAACGGAUCGGGUUUGUUUUUAUUUCCCUUCGACACAAGAAAAAAUAGUUUGCUUUGCAUGUGAACUCUUCCCAUCGUCUGGCAAUUAAGUACUCGAUAUAUUUCAGUUUGGUUGAAAAAAAACAAAAAACAAAAAGUGCCACGGCCAACGGCAUUAACUAUAACAUUUAAAGGAGAGAGGAGGGAAAGAGUGUGGAAAAAUCAAUGAAAUAGCUUAUUCAUUCUGCUGGCGUAAAAGCUAUCAGCUAACUCAAUCUUAACUCUGUGUUGUAUUAAAAGUGAGGUUAUGAACGCGACCGACAAAACUCGCCACCUGGUUGGCUCACCACAAUGAAAGUGACAGGUUGCGUUUUUGCCGUGUUAGGUCAUCAAACAACAUUCGUUUUCUCUGUCACUGGCUCCCUCGGCCAAAACAAUUCUUUUAAUAUUUAGUUUACCUUUGGCACGCGUUGUAUCACAUUUCACCGAGCUUUACACAGCGAUUUAAGUAGCCAUGUUUGAAGCCGUCUGUUGUUCACGGAGAAGAAGACGAAAUGAUACAUGGCUCGUGAUUUCGGCCAUCUUUGUGACUUUCUUAACAGCAGUUUUAGGCCACACGAUUCUUGAAGAGUACAGCUGUGGACAGGAAGACAUCGAGUACAACGUGACUCUCAGAGGAGGCCAGUUCGCAGGCAUUUUCAGAGACCGGGGACCAGUGAAGAACAUGCAGGAGUGCAUGCACAUGUGCUGUAAUACUAAAAACUGUGACGUGGCCAUGAUGCACGGGCCAAAGUGUUUUAGCGUGCGCUGUUUAAAUUAUUCUGUUUGUGAGACGAUUCCCGCGGAUGAUGAAGAUAUUGACAUGCAGAUUGCACAUAUGACGACUAAAGGAACAGGACAAUUGACCAAAGCCUUGGUAAACGACAGUACAGACAGUUAUGAUCCCGAGGCCAAGUGUCCUCACAACGAGAUCAUGUAUAACGUGAAACUAAUGGGCGGAUUAAAAGCGGGAAAAUUCACCGACAUUGGCAAAGUAAAGAGUAUUAAGACUUGCAUCAGAUAUUGCUGUGAGGCCAAAGUGCAGCCCUGCGACCUGGCCUUCAUGCUAUCUGAUCGCUGCUAUCUGGUGAAAUGCUUCUCAGAAGAUAGAUGCCAGGCUAUCCCAGCGGCUGCUAUUGACCAUUCGUUUAAACAGAAAAUGGCGUUCGUGGCGCCAUGGCUAUACGAAAAGAACAAGAAAGUUGUGAAAAUUCCUUCGGGCCAGUCCCCUCAUCACUUACAGUGCAUUCAAAGUAGACGUUACACAAAAUCCCAGCUACUUGAUGGGCAAGACGCAGGGCUCUUCACAGACGUGGGCCGAGUGGCGAACCCUCAAAUAUGUACCCGACUGUGCUGCGAAGACCCUUCCUGUGAUUUAGCUUACAUGUUUGGUCGCACGUGCUUUCUUGUAAAGUGCUACAGCGAGAGGAGCUGUCGGACCAUCCCUGAUGAGGAGGCUGUGCGUAACGACACUAAUUUUGACAGAUCUACUCAAUACAUCAUUAAGCGGAAGUUUGGUGUUCGCCUCAGAGAUGACGGAACCCCAGUUGUGAGGACUGAGACAAACAAAGAAGAAAUUUGUCGUUUGGAUGGUGAGAUAAGAAACAAAACAAUACUGCAGGCCGGUAUGGUUUCUGGUAAGCUCACUCACCACAAAGGUGUCAAGGACAUUACGUCAUGCAUCAAGCGAUGCUGCGCACAGGAGCAGUGUCACGUGGCAAUGAUGAUGGCAGACAAAUGCUAUUCUGUGUUCUGCACAAAUGAGCAAUACUGCCAGCCCAAGCCAGCACCAAUGGAGACGCACCACACAAACCCUACAGUGGCUUAUGUAAAAAGAGGAGAGAUAAGUUUUGCGCCCAAACCAAGGUCUGUGAUGCCACUAAUUGAAAGAUUUCACCCUAACUUUGAGCAAGCUGUGGAAGAAGAAUACGUAGAGGCUGAUGAUAAUGACGCAAAUGCUAGCAACGCUGGCAAUGGAGACGAGGCCCAACAAAACAGUUUGCAGAGUGACCCAGGAGAAGAUAAUAACGGCGUACAAAUGGAGGAAAGUGGUGAAAAUAGAGAAAAUGAAAAUGACCAAAGUGGGAGUGCAAACAGUGGAGAUGANUUAUGA